AUGAAUUGUGAUUAGUAUUUGUUCAAUUAUAAAACUCUAGAAGAGACAAUGGAACAACAUUCCCCAAUAAAAUUCCACAGAAUAGAAAAAAAACAUGAUUCAUAGAUUUCGCCAUAUUUUAUUUUGAGAGAAACAGAUACAAAAUAUUUUAAGAAUGAGUAACAUCUCAAAUCAAUGCUGAAUUUAAAACUUUUUAAUAUUCUGUAACCUCAUGAUACUAUAAUUCAUUCUAAUUAAAUACUCAUUAUUAUGAGAGAUUGGAAAUAAUAUCGUUUGACUGAAACUAAAUUGAAAGAAUCACAAAUCGAGUUUAUCCUCAUUUAAUUGGCAAUGAGUAAAAUAUAUAUAUAUGACUUAGCUUUAAACGAAUUAAGCAACAAAAAAAUAACAUGGAAUCUUUAUUCUCUCCAACAAUUAUAUUUAAUCGAAAAUUGUGUAUUUCUAUAGCUAAUCGACCUAUAAGAUUUACACUUUUCUAUGGCUAUUCCAAACAUUGAUAUUUUUAAAAGCUUCAUACGUCUGUACUUUCCUUAAUUUAAUUAAAUUCAGAUGAUCAAUAAUUUUGAAACAAUUAUACAAUACUUGCUUUCUUUGGUUUAAGAUUUGAAAAUUGAUGAAAAGAGUCAUUAUGGAUUAAAUUGUUUCUUUAAAAUUAAGCAAAUAAAUUCUUCCUUCGGUAUGGAAGGUAAUUAUUCAGUUGAAUUCACAACACCAACAAUAUUUCAAAAAAUUUUUAAUAUUGAUUCAAAGACUAUCUUAUACAGAUGUUAUGAUAUGUAGAAAUAUCAACAUAAACAAUUAUUAGAAUACUAAGAUAGGGAGAUUUUAAUAACAGAAAAAUUAUCCGAUACUACUAACAUUAAGAUUAAUUUUUCUUAUUUGAGAAUAUUGGAUUAAACUUUUUUUUUUCAAAAAAAAUUCAUUAUGAGUUUUGCUGAUGCUGUUGGAUAAUAUGAUAUUCAAAUUUUACAAAAUUAAUAAUAUCGAAAGAUAGCCUAUAGAGCUUUAAAUGAAAUUAUUAAAGGUGAACUAUUAAUUAAUUUUUUUAGGUAUAAAAGCACUUCACUCAGAAUGCAUUAUGCAUAGAAAUAUCACACCAUAAACAAUAUAUAUUGAUAAUUAGAACUUAAUUGAUGCACACUUUUACGUUGGAGAUUAAGAAAAGGCAAAGGUGGAGAUUAAUAUAGCUGAAGGCACUUAGAUGUGUGAUUCAUUAUAGUUUACUCCUCCUGAGAGUAUGGAAAAUAUCACAAUGAAAUCUGAUUUAUAUUAAUUUGGAUUAGUCGCUUUAUACAUAUUAAAUAAAGGAACCCCAUUAUUUCCUCAUUCCUUUUUAAAUGCAGAGGAUAACUAAACAAAAUUUCAUCCUGAUAACAUUAAAAAGGAAUUUGAAUAGAAGAAAUUUGAUUACAGCUACAAACUGAUUGAAUUGAUUGCAUAAUGCCUGUAAUAUAAUCCAAAAGAACGACCUGAAACGAAUGAAGUUUAGAGAUAGGUAGCCUAAGUUUAUAGGGAUUCAAGGAUCAGAAUUAUGUAAGCAUUUUCUAUAUAUUUCAGCCCAUGUAAGGAAUAAAAGUAGUUGAGAUAAAGAUUCUUAAAUUAUAAAAAUGAUAUAUCUAAUAAAUUUAAAUAAUUUAAAUGA